UGUGAGAGCGGUCUUGUCUAACCGGAAACGAACCCAUUUGAUUGCCGUACCGCCUGUCGCCAUUUUCAAAACGGCUAAGCUUUAUUGCGCACAGCAGAGUUGUUCAGCAAAGAAGUUUAAAUAAAGAGCCGGAUCGUUUGAAUUAUUCAAGAGAGAGAGAGAGCGGGACAUUGUGCUCCUCUAGCCCGGCUAACACAAUGAUGGAGCUCCCUAACUACAGCAGCCAGCUGAUGCAGCAGCUGUGGGCCCUGAGGAAGGAGGGCCACUUCUGUGACUGCACCAUCCUGGUGGGAGACAGCCCUCACCGCGCACAUAAACUGGUACUGGCUGCCUCCAGCAUGCUCUUCAGGUCUCUGCUGGAUGGCUCGGACACCAUCUCCAUCGACACGGCCAUGGUCUCCUCGCAGGAGUUUGGCUGUCUGCUGGACAUGGUCUACACCGGCAAGCUGCCUCUCGGCAAACACAACGUCAGCCGCAUUGUCGCCGCCGCAGACAGCCUGCAGAUGUUCGACGUGGCCGUGGGCUUCAAAAACGUCCUCACCACUCUUGUGAACCAGCAGGUCUCUGUCCCGGUGGCGUCUACACAGACGCCGAGCCUCAGUGGGAUUAACAAAGCCCAGAGCGUGAACGCUGAAGGUUCAGCCUCACCCAGCAAGGACGACUCCGCGCCAGACGAGACGGAGCUGAAGGCUGAGCUGAAGAAGGAAGAUGGUCAGAGUGAGGAAGAGGAUGCAGAGGAACCAGCAUGUAAAAGGGUCUGUACUGAGCUCUCCGAGUCCUCAGAGCCUAAAGAAGGCAGAUCCUCAGACAGCGUGGCGGAAGAAAACAACCCAACGGCAGCCACGGAGUCAAUUGGACCUGCCGCUGGUUUUCUGGAGCAUUCCUCCCAGCUUGUGGAGCUCCUCGGCAACAUGUCAUCUGUCGUGGAGCUGCUGAGCCAGGCAGCACAGGGAAGCCUGGAGGAACAGGAGAGACAGGUUGUGUGUGAGUGCUGUGAGGAGGCUGAUCCCAGCUCAGUGUUGGAGAAGCUGCUGAGCAGAGUGAAGGAGGGGCAGCUCAGCGAGGGAGCCAUCGUCUCGCUGCUCCGGACCAUUCGGCAGAAAGCUCCCUCCUCCUUCCCCACACCACUGCACUCUCUGCUGGGCGAGGUGGAAAGGGACCCACCGGAACCCGACGGAAACCAAACGGCAGGUAAAGAACAAGUUGACUCAGAAAGGGAAAACGGCACCGGCAGUGAAGAAAAGCAGGAGGAAGAGGGAGAGGAAGAAAACAGUAAGGAGGAGACGGAGGAGGAUGAGAAAGUCAAAAAUGACCCGACAGACUCUUUUUCAUCUCCCUCCUCCUCCUCCUCCUCUUCCUCCUCCUCCAAGCCCUACUCCUGUCGCUGGUGUAAGAGGGGGUUUGCCUACAAGUGUCGGAUGCUGGCCCACGUGAAGCGCUGCGCCAUGUCGCAGGAGUGUGAGCAGCAGUGCCCACAGUGCCCGGAGAAGCUGCCCAACCAGCGGGCCCUGCAGCGCCAUCGGGCCGAGGCUCACCGCAGCACCGCACGGGUGAAGAAGAAGGUGGCGUGUGACCUGUGUGGGCGAACCUUCGCCCACCCAUCAGGCAUGAUUUACCACAAGCGCACCGAGCACUUUGAAGAGAAACCGUUUGCUUGUGAGGACUGCGGUGCAAAGUUCGGCGCCAACUCCUCUCUGAAGAAUCACAUGAGGCUGCACACAGGAGAGAAACCUUACCUCUGCAAACACUGUGACAUGAGCUUCAGUGUGGCUGCUGCCCUCGCAUACCACACCAAGAAGAAACACUCUGAGGGAAAGAUGUAUGUGUGUCAGUAUUGUAAGGCCGUCUUCGCCCAGUCCAUUGAACUGACGCGCCAUGUGCGAACACACACUGGCGAUCGGCCUUAUGUGUGCCGAGAAUGUGGCAAAGGUUACAGCCAGGCCAGCGGACUCACCGUCCACCUGCACACCUUCCACAAUUUGUCGGAACCUCAUGACUGUCAAAAGUGUUGUCUCAGCUUCUCCUCACUGGAGGAGCAUCGGCAGCACAUCCAGGAGUUGCACCCAAAGGAGUUCCACAAGUGUCCCACCUGUAACAAGGUGUUCAACAGCUCGGCCCUGCUGGACAAACACAAGGCCACCCACACUGGAACCAAGCCGUUCAGCUGUGAGCUGUGCAACAAGUCGUACCAGCAACUGUCAGGCCUGUGGUACCAUAACAGGACCAACCACCCGGAUGUGUUUGCUAACCACACCCGGCAGCUCAAGACCCUGGUCCAGUGUGAUGUCUGCUUCAAGUUCUUUCCCAGCGCUGCCAGUGUGGCCAAACACCAGGCUGCUGAGCACCAGGGCUCGGCAGCGUCGGCGCUGCACUGUGCGUUCUGCCCAGCGGUGCUGGCCGGGGAGGAGGAGCUGCAGGAGCACAUGAGCAGCCAGCACGUCAGCCAGAGCCCCGAGGGCUUCAGCUGCCCGCUCUGCUCGCUGGUCUGCUGCUCCCAGCUGGAGCUGCAGGAGCACCUGCUCUCCUGCCACAUGGAGGCUCAGGAGGACGCCUCCCAAACAGUGGUUGCCGCAGAUCCAACAGGCGAUGAAGGGGCGGAGCCUGUCAGCUCUGAGGAGCAGCUGGCCACUGCCCAGCAGGUGUUUGUGGCUCUGGCCGGGGAGAGAGAAGGCGAGUCGUCAGCCGAGGUGGUGCAGGUCAACGUGUACGACCUGCUGAACAGCUCCGUCACCUUCAUCUGCGAGGACAAAGCAGCAGCUCCCGACUCCUAACUGUUAAACCCCAGCAUGAUCACUCAGCCACACGCCAAGGACUCGUUGUGAUUCAUGUUUAAUCCACCAACAUCUUUUCUGUGGCAGUUGUUUUGCAGUUUUGAUUAAAUGAAUGUGUUUUUUUUUUUUUUUUUUGGGCAUUUUUAGGCCUUUGUUGACCGGACAGCUGAAGAAAUGAGAGGGGGAAUGAAGUGCAGCAAAGGGCCGCAGGUCGGAGUCGAACCCAGGCCCGCUGCGUCGAGGAGUAAACCUCUACAUAUGGGCCCCUGCUCUACCAACUGAGCUAUCCGGCCACCCUAAAUGAAUGUGCGUUUGACAUUUGUUUACAUAGAGACAGCCAGUUGGCUUAUAUGGGCCGUGCCCACAGAACACAGGAAGUCAAACAGCAAACACAAAGGCAGAGAAACCCAGCGGACCUCCGUCAGACUGCCCCAUCUAUCUCUACUUCAGUAACCACAUUUCUCACACAGCAACCCGCUAGAGACGGAAUGUGGCCUUUCAGUUACAGGUGGGGGUCUGGCCCAUAGAAAUAGAACGAGAGUAGAAACAUGUUGCUGUGUUCAUUUGACUAGUUUAGAAGGAAAUGGCGCUCAGCACUGUGCGUCGACCGUAGAAAUAGAAUCCGAGUUAGCCCGCUACAACAGGAUGGGACAGGACGCAUAAAAAUAGUCGCCACUCUGAACAUCCUGC